GGUGGCCCCCCUCGCUUCCUCUCGCAGCGGCGGCGGUGGCGGCGCAGCGCGGGGCACUAUGCCGAAGAGAAAGUCUCCAGAGGGUGCUGAGGGCAAGGAUGCAGCAAAAGUAACUAAACAAGAGCCCACAAGACGAUCAGCAAGAUUGUCAGCUAAACCUGCUCCACCAAAACCUGAACCCAAACCAAGGAAAACCACUAAGAAGGAACCCGGGACAAAGGCUAACAAAGGUGCUAAAGGGAAGAAGGAUGAAAAGCAAGAAGCUGCAAAGGAAGGUACUACACCAUCUGAAAAUGGUGAAAAUAAAGCUGAAGAGAUUCGCAUCUCUCGCUCAACUGUUAGUGUUUCAACAUCCAGAGGUGCCCCACCCAGCACACUGUCAGUAAAAGGGCAGAUUGAAACAGUGAAAGUUAAGGGCACAGAAAACUGAAACUCUAGGUGACAAGAGCGAAUGAAUUAUCAUGAAAAUUUUGGGUUGAUUUUAUGUACCUCUUGGACAACUUUUAAAAGAUAUUUUUAUCAAGUAUUUUGUAAAUGCUAAUUUUUUUAGGACUAUGAUAGUUGACAUAUUAAACUAUAUAUGAACAUUUCCCUUCUCAUAACCAUGCUUUUAGAAAUUUCCAUUGUUCGCAAGUAAUAUAAAUAUCAAUUUAGCAUUGGAAGGUGUGUGUAAAAUUGGAUCAGCAUUCCAUACACUUGCUUUGAGAAAUUAAGUCUUGUGCAUAUGGUGGUGUUUUUACUGUGUGUAUUUGAAUUUUUCAUGCUGUUUUUCUAGAGCAAUAAUCAGUGGUGCUUUUGUACUUAGGGUUUAUGUGAUUUUAAUGAAACAUGGAUAGAUGUGGCCACCUGCUGACUAUUUUGGGUUAUUUUAAUGGAUUAAAAUAAAAGGUCUCCUUGCCUGCAAAACUAUGGCCUCCUAAUGUUUUCUCUAAAUCUAGAAUGCCUUACUCAUAUUUUAACUGUUGUGAGGAAGACUGAGUGGUUUAGCAGCUAUUGUGAUCUGCAUGCAUUAUAUUUGUUUUUUUGCUGGCCUUUGAUGAACAGUGUAUUUAAAUGUCCACAUAUGAGCAGGAGGUCAAGGUUUUUUGUGGUCCAUUUAUUAAUGGGCUUAUGAAUACACCGUUUCAUGUUCAGAUUUAUUACCAUGAGCAAAUAGAUUUUGUGUUACUGUACCAGUCUGAUGCAGAGAUACCAAAACAGAAUGAAUUGCUUGAUUGCUACAGAAGUACAGUAACUGUAAGGCAUUCUGGAGUAUUUUGGCUUCUCCCCUGCCUGCCCCUUUCAUCUAAUAGAGCAGAUUUAAUGUUAACAUCUUAUUACAUGUGACCCUUGUUUCUAUCUGCAGUCUCAAAUUUAAUAUACUAUAAAAAUUGCUGUUCUGCCUCAGCAGAGGACAGUUGUUAAUAUAUUGAAAUUGCUGUUAAACAGCACUAUAUUUGGUACCUGUUAGAGAUGGAACAAUGAAAGUAUUUUUGAAGUGAUUGUGAUGCUGGUAAAUUAGCUAAUGAUUUUUAGUACUAUACAUUACACCUUUUCAGCUCAUUAUAAACACCUUGGAUAAUUUUCUCCUUCAAACCCUCUUCUCCUGGGACUCUGGUAUUUCUAUUGUUGUUUGUGGAGGUGGGGUGGGGGGUGAGAAAGAAAUGUUCCCUGUUCUUCAGUACAAUUGAUUUGUAUUGCUCAAGUGGUGGCCGUUAUGUCUGGGGUUACUUUUGCUUGUUUCAGUCAAUAAAUAAAUGACUGCAUUGCCUGA